AUGACCCAACGCCGCAUUUUCGUGGUUGGUGCUACUGGCGCCCAAGGUUUACCUGUAUGCCGUGGGCUCGCAAAGGACGGUGGAUACAGCUUGCGCGUCCUGACGCGGGACUCUACAUCAUCUCGGGCACAAGAGCUUGCUAAGCUUGGAGAUGUCGAGUUCGUCGAGGGAACCUUUGCCAGUGAAGGAGAUCUCCGCAAGGGGCUUACAGGGUGCUGGGGAGCCUUCAUCAACAUCGAUGGGUUCAACUGCGGCGAAAAAACUGAGACCUACUGGACAAUCCGCUCUUAUGAGCUAGCGGUCGAGCUCGGUAUCAAGUUUUUCGUGUUUGGUAACCUUGACUAUGUCUACAAGAAGAGCGGCUACAAGCCGGAAUUUCGCGUUGGACACUAUGAUGGCAAAGGCCGUCUUGCGGAGUGGAUGUUACAGCAGAGAAAGGACAACAACAUGGGGGUCUCCAUUUUCACUACGGGUCCGUACAUUGAGAUGACGAUCACGGCGAAGAGUGCCAUGACCCCGCAGUUCGAGGACGGGGUUGUCAUUUGGAGAGUUCCGCUUGGCGAAGGCGCGGUUCCACACGUGGCCCUCGAUGAUUGCGAGCACUACGUCCGCUGGUUAUUUGAUCACCCUGAGGAGUCCGACGGGAUGGACCUAGAAGUCUCCAUUGAUCAUAUCCACUACAAAGAUCUGGUCACAGCAUUCGAAAAAGUAACCGGCAAACCAGCCCGCUACAUUGAUGUCCCAAAAGAUGUCUAUUUCAAGUACAUACCACUUCCCGACGACGCACCGGCCGGAUAUAACGCCGAUCCAAAUGAUCCCGCAACUAUGAGCUUCCAAGAAAAUUUUUCUGGGUUUUGGACUAUGUGGGCUAAUUCAGGAGGAAAUAAGGGUGUUAUCAAGAGAGACUACGCGCUGUUGGAUAGGAUUCAUCCAAAUAGAAUUAAGACUGCUGAAGAAUUCUUCAGGAGGGAGGAUGAGAAACUCCGGGCUGCUGGUCGAGGGGGAUUGUUUGAAGUUAUUCAGUCCAACAGCCUGGACAUGAUUUUGAAGGCGUCUGCGGAUAACAGAACGGGAAGGUUGUAG